AUCAGUAUUCAUUUGUUCAUCGACUGAACAAAAAUUAACUUUUGAACAAACACUUUAAGGAGUAAAAGAAGUGCUAUAUUUCGUCAAUUGAUUUUUUAUUCAAGAAACAUGUGGUCAAAGUUAGUGAUUGUAUUGUUCUGCGUUUCAUUCUGCAUCCAAAUCAGCAGUGGUUCAAAUAAUCGACACCGGCGAGUUGCAAAAGGAGGUUGCGGGCCGCCACCACUAAUAUCGAAUGCUAGAACUAGAAAAGGCAAACAACAAAUAUACGCCGAAUGCGAUUCUAAUUAUCGCUUUUCAAAUAAUCAGUCAAAAAUAGAAUUACAUUGCGAUGUAAAUGUAUGGAAAUUGAGAGAACUCGGAGCAGCCAAUCAAUUUGAGUGUAAACCGUUCUGUAAUCCACCAUGUCAACAUGGGGAGUGUGUUAUUGUCAAAACGGAUGAGCCGGGUAAUUGUUAUUGUGAACCAAAUUUCGACGGUAUGCAAUGCGAGAAUAAAAAAGGGGAUCGAUGUAAGGCUGAGCCAGACAUUACUAAUGCCAACAAUGUGUGCACUCAAACCAAAUGCCAAAUAAAUUGUGCAACAGAUUACGAAUUCUCAGACGGUUUCAAAGAUCUCGAGAUGAUUUGCAAUGGUGGUCAAUGGGAACCGAAUCGUGCAAAUAAAGUGAUCCCCACAUGUAAUGCGAUUUGUGUUAAACCGUGUAAAAAUAAUGGGAAAUGCAUUACACCGGGUGUUUGUAAAUGCAAGGGCAAUUUCGUCGGUGAACAAUGUGAAAAUGAAAAGUGUGGAUCGCUACCAACAAUUCUCAACUCAAAUCCAGCCGUUUGCAAUGAAACAAAUUGCGAGAUUGAAUGUAUGGGUGGGUAUGCUUUCCCGGAUCGUACAAACACAGUUAAAAUGAUCUGUAAAAAUGGACUGUGGAAGUCAAGCCGAAGUGACGCGGCUGAUUGCGAACCUUUUUGUGUUAAACGCUGUCUCAACGGUGGAACGUGUUCUAAACCAGGUAUUUGCACAUGUUUAGAUGGCUUCAAAGGAGCUCAUUGUGAACAAAAGACAACCUGUAGAGUCAAACCGACAACGGUGAAUGCUAAACACAACUGUAAAGCUAACAGUUGUAAAAUUACGUGCGACAAUGGCCACGUUUUGCCAGAUGGUUCGAGCGUUAUGAAGAUGGAUUGUAAGAAUGGCAAGUGGGAAUCAAGUUUGCAAAAGCAAAACUUCGCUCCUGACUGUCAGUCCAAAUGUGGCGCAGGACUUAUGUAUAACAAAUGCGGUCCAAACGUUGAACCAACAUGUGACAAUGCAGAAGAAAGAAGCGUUUGUGUUCCCGGCUGCUUCUGUCCAAAUGGAAUGGUCAAACACGAAGGAAAAUGCAUUCAAUCGGAAGAUUGUCCGUGCACAUCAAACGGAUUAAUUUUCAAACCUGGAAGUGAAACUAUUACCCUAGACGAGGCAUCAUCAAUCGCAACCACAUGUAAAUGCGAAAAAGGAGAUGUGACAUGUAAACCUCAACCGUUCACAAGAAAACGUUGUACAGUCGCUGGAGAUCCUCAUUUCAGUACUUUUGAUGGUGCACACUAUGAUUACAUGGGAACUGGCGCAUAUCGUUUACUGGACACCGAUAACAUGGAAAUCACCGCCAAUUUUGUUCAAUGUUUUUCGACGGCAUCGUGCGUUGAAUCAGUAACGAUUGAAGUGAAAAAUGGUAAUAAAAAAGCUAAAAUCGUUUUAAAGCGAAAUUUAGUGGUUGAAGUCAAUGGUCAGGAAAUCAGCAAUUUUCCGUCGUAUGCUCUGGGUGACUAUGUGCUUAUUACAUUACCAAGUUCGACGAAAAUAUCAGUGGCUCUUAAGAAUGGCUUCCGAAUUUUCUAUGAUGGCUUGUAUAAUGUUGAUGUUGACGCCAUAUCAUUGUACAAUGGUAAAAUGGUUGGUCUCUGUGAAUCGAAUGGUCCACACGAAAGAAACAAAAGAUCAACUGAAGGCAAUGAAAUGAAUUCAUGGAUUGGUAAACUUCUGCAUGAUUCAUGCAUUGAAGAGAGUUGCAAUACCAUUGAUGAAGCUCUUAAUUCUCCACAUCCAUGCGAUUCAAAUGUGGAGGUUAAACAACGGGCAGAAAAAGCAUGUGCACAAUUAAAAAGCGAUAUUUUUGCAACUUGUCAUCCGUAUGUUGACCCGAAGCCAUACUACGACAACUGUUUGUAUGAUGUAUGCGCAUUCAAUGAUGAUAUUGAUACAUGGAUGUGCUCCAUUUUCACAUCCUAUGCUAACGAAUGCAGUCGACGUGGAAAUGUUUUGGAACAUUGGAGACAGUCGAUUCAGGGAUGCGCAAUCAAGUGCCCAAAGGGUCAAAUUUACGAAGAAUGCUCCAGGUCAUGCUAUCGCAGCUGUGAUGACUUACAACUAUCUUCCAAAAAUUGCACCAGAGAUUGUGUCGAUGGAUGUCGUUGUCCGGAGGGACAGGCUCUUGAUGGAAACAACAAAUGCAUCCCAAUCGAUAUGUGCCAUUCAUCAUGCAAACCAAUCCCGCUGGAGGAAGCAACAACUGUUGGUAUAGUACAACUAGUAGGUGAAGUGUAUGGAAAAUGCGUCAAUACAGAGCCAAUUCGAGGGUAUACUGAAUGUCGUGGCACAUGUGGACCAGUUACUUCAUCCACCGGAUUAACGAGUAGAAAAUCUCCCAAACAUAAAUGUUGUUUAAUGUCAAAAUACGAUAAAGUAAGAGUCCCAUUGGUAUGUGAUGAUGGCACUAAACUAACUUCUUUUGUGUAUAUGCCAAUUGAAUGUGUUUGCCAUAGCUGUAGUUAUCGGUGGGCAUUUUUGCAAUGAUGGAAUUUUAUGAAACGUUAAAUUCCAAGAAUAGUAGUACAAAAUGAAUAGAGUGUAGAAUUUAUGAUGUAGAAAUAAAGAAAAUUGUGUUUGUCGAAUAUCUUGGGAAGAAAAGCCUUCCAAACAGGCUCAACGUACUAUUUUCAUCAUUAAAACUGUUUGUUGCAUAUUCUUAUGAGAGAGACUUUUAUAAAUCAUAACUCCACUAUAUUUUGAAUGAUAACUUGAAUUGGAUGUUAAAAAAGUAAAUUUAAUCUGAAUAAUUGGUCAUCACGUCAUCAGGCUGAGGUUGAUUUGUAAAAACAAAUGAAAUAUGCGCUUAACGAAAUAACCAGUUGUACUGGCGACUGUUGACUCAAUGUACGACAAGUAGAUAUGUUCUCUGACAUUUCAUAUAUAGUUGAUAAUAGACUUUGUAAAUAUUAAGCAAACGAAAAUAAAGAAAAAGAAAAAAACGAUUGCAAAAAAAAAAAAUUCACGGUCAUUUGAUAGAAUCCCUCGUGAACCGUUGAAGUUCAGUGUGCUAUACGAUGAUAAAAAUACACAGCGAUUUCGCGUUUAUUAUUCAUUUAAUUUGACAUUUUGCAUCACUAAUAAUCGUCAAGAAUGCGUUGAAUAAUCAUUUGAUUUAUUGGCCCAGAGUGUUGUUUCAAUUGCUCUGAUUGAUUAUUUGGGUGGCGUUAUAAUUAGUAGAAUAAAAUAGGAGACAAGAAAAAAAAUUGGAACCGGCAAAACAGCGAUAACGACUUGAAAUUAACUGCAAAAAGAGUUUGAUUAUAUUUUUUUACAGAAUCUUUGUGAACGACUGAAAUCUUCGCAUUCCUUUUGACAAAUUGUGAAAUUCCAUUUGUGUGUAUACGUUUAAAUAAAGUCACCGUGCUCAAGCUCAA